UCGGACCAUGUAUGUCGUCAUUUCCGCCAGUUUUCAAAAUGGACCCGAACGGAAUGAAGCUGAGUUUUUGGGAGAAUGGCCCGAAACCCGGUCAAUUUUAUUCAUAUCCAGGCAACAGUAACCCCACAGUUCCUGGAUGUGGACCCGUAAGACAUACACUUAACCCCAUGGUGACGGGUACGUCUGUUCUGGGCGUCAAGUUUACCGGAGGCGUGAUCAUCGCGGCGGACAUGCUCGGCUCCUACGGCUCCCUGGCCCGUUUCCGCAACAUCUCGCGUCUCAUGAAGGUCAACGGCAACACCAUCCUGGGCGCAUCGGGCGACUACGCGGACUACCAGUACCUCAAACAGAUCAUCGAACAAAUGGUGAUCGAUGAGGAGCUGCUGGGAGACGGCCACAGCUACAGCCCCAAGGCCAUCCACUCCUGGCUCACCCGGGUGAUGUACAACCGCCGCAGCAAGAUGAACCCGCUGUGGAACACCGUCGUCAUCGGCGGCUUCUACAAUGGAGAGAGUUUCCUGGGUUACGUGGACAAGCUGGGCGUGGCCUACGAAGCUCCUACAGUGGCCACAGGGUUUGGGGCCUACCUAGCACUGCCACUUAUGAGGGAGGUGGUGGAGAACAAGGUGGAGAUCACCAAAGCGGAGGCUCAGGCGCUGGUGGAACGCUGCCUCAAAGUGCUGUACUACCGUGACGCCCGCUCCUACAACAGGCAUGAGAUUGCCAUAGUAACAGAAGACGGUGUGGAGAUUCUGGGGCCUCUGUCUUCUGAGACAAACUGGGACAUCGCCAACAUGGUCAGUGGGUUCGAGUGAUUCUACGUUGUUCCGGUGUCUCCAACCCCUCCCAAAAUAUCCAUCUGUCCCUCUACAUUCUACCACUAGUGUGUCUACUCUGUAACCAAUUUAGUUUUUUUGUAAAAGGAAAAAUAAAUGUCAAAUCCAUUC